UCCUCGCUGCUGGGGCAAGAAACUCCGCUCAGUGACUCGGCCAUCCAUUCAUAGCACACGCGCCGAAGCUCAGAGAUAUCCAAAGAGAGGGAGGGAGAGCAUUUCCCCCCAAAGCUGUAGCGCCUGUGUCUGUUUCCUCUACGCUUUUUUUAGAUGUGUUUGGAGAUGCUGAUGAGACAGCAACAUUGGACUUGCUGUUGCUGGCUGGGGCUUUGCUUCUGGUUGCUGGCUGGAGAUGGAGGAUGUGUUAGCAUCGACCUCUGUCGGAGCCCCCCAUGUGGCAGUAGCAGUGAGGGUGAGCAUCAGCCCUCCAGACAGCAGUGCCAGGGGGCCCGCUGCUCAGGCAGGGCAAGCCGCCCCUCCCGUGGCUUUGCUUACACAGCCACAACUCUGCGCGGACAACCUCACAGCAAGCAGCAAGGACUUGUUCUCCAGCAGCAGCAGCAACAACAGCAACAGUCUCUAGAGGGGAGCCCUCUGGGACACACUGCAGCCCUUGCUGUACAGGGAGCAGGAGAGAGCUGUUCUGGAGGAGGAGGCGGAGGCUGUACCACCCGGGCUCCCAAUGGCACCCUACAGGACUGCAAGGGCAUUGAAUGCAGGCUGCCCCUGCGCAUGCGUCAGAAGCCCCAGAUGGCUCUCAAGACUAUCCCCUGCUCCCCAAACCCGGGGGAAGGCUGCCCUGAGCCUACCUUGGUCAGAGUAACAGAGAAGGCAGCCCAGUUCAUCGGGGAGGACCUUGCCUCCUACACAGCAUCAGAACUGGGGGGCACUGCUCUAGGUGUUCAGCUUACCUGCGAUGUCAAACCAGGGGAAAAUGAGGUUCCAUCUGAAGAUGCGCUUGUACUACAGCUUCAGCUUAUGAAGGGACAGGAGAAAUUUGUUGAAAUGUUAAGAAGCCAGCAGAUGCUAAUAGUGGAUUUACAGCAAAAGCUCUCGGAACAACAGAACACAUUGGUCACCCAGCAGCAGGAAAUUAUUGAGCAACAACGGAAAAUGUAUGAGCAAAUGGAUCUGGUCAAAGUCCAGUAUGGUAUGCUUUUUGACACGGUGAAGCAAAUGUCGUUUAAGAGCUUGCAAGAGGAUAUUCAACAUUAUUUCGAAGCCAAUCUUCAAGGCCUUCAAAACCAAGUCAGAAAUCAUCUCCAGAAGUCCUAUUCUGUGCAUAAAGUUGAAGUUGAUGCAAAAGUGAUUGAUGUUGGGGAGCCUUCACUGGACUGUGGCCUUUGUGAAAGUGAUGAAUUUUGCAAUUUCCAGAAGACACCCUCACAGUGUGAAAAAUGCACCUUGUGCCCAGCUGGCUUUUUCCAGCUGUCUGAGUGUUCUGCAAAUGCUGAUCGGAUAUGCCAGGAUAGAGAUGAAUGCAUUGAAUCGCCAAACAUCUGUGGGGAAAGGAUAAAAUGCCUGAACACACCAGGAGGCUUCCGAUGUCUUGGAAUUGCAGAAAAAGAAGCUGCUUUGGGAUUGUGCGGGGAGGAGUAUUUUUUCAACAAAGAGCUUCAAGAGUGCCAGGCAUGUCUAAUGUGUGAAGAUGGAGUGGUUGCCUUCCCUUGCUCCACGGUUAGUGAUACCAUUUGUUCAAUAGCCAGUGAAAACAAGCUGUCUGAGUCGUGGGCAGCAAACAUUGCCUUGCCCUUGGCAAAGUCUGGCACCUCUCAAGUCUACCCUGGCUUAAACCUGAAAAUCAAGGGGAAACAAGAAGAUGAAAUAGUGAUGGUGGAAGGGGACAGCUUGGUGUUCAAGCAGCAUGGCUUAAUGUGGGCCGACUUCAACUUCGCUGUGAAGCACAACUGCAGGAAUUUCCUCCAACUGUCCUUAAAAUUCAACAAUAGCGAGGAAGGCUACGAGCUGAGUGGAGUUCGUAUUGAACAGCCAGAAGGGAAGAUUUUCCAGAGUGUCAGUGUGAGCAGCGCUGCGGAGGUGGAACCAAGCCAAAUGCUUUCCGUGUUUCUGAAGAGUCCGAAUCAGUUCUGCAACCAGAGUAAAGACUUAAAUAUUUACGAGCUCAAUACACCUCUUAGUUUGUUGUGGUUGUCCCAUGAUACGGGAGCAGUGGCCAUGACGGCACAAAUGUCAACCGCGAUGCACUAUCAAAGCAGCUAUCGGCCGACCUUUAAAUUGGUUUCCCUUUCCGACCCAUACAUGCUAACGUUGUCCCACGAUGGCAGGGCCAUCAAGUUUACUGAAACUGGUGUGGUGAAGUUUGUUUUCCACCAAGCGUUGUACUCCAUGGGCCACACCUGUGUCCGCGAAGGGUUUUCCCUGGUUUCUUUUCUCAACAGGAAUGGCACCAAUGCAGAACUAAUGACUGUGCAUAAGACUGGGGUCAAUUAUAGAGACACGUCAAUCUCAGCCUCUGGAGCCACCAAAGUUGGAGCUGGGGAUCUGAUUAGCUUUGAGAUCCUUUCCCCGGCACAAUGCAAUGUUCGCUAUUUCGGAGACAGCUCUGGUAUUAGUAUGCUCAGCCUCAUCUGGAUCCCAUCUGCCAUUUCCACCACUCUUUCAGCCUCUGUCUCCAUUACAGGUUUGCCUACAGGUGCUGUCAGAAACAAAUUACUGGAUUUCAUUCAGAUCUCCCCCAACGAGAAACAGAUACGGUUGGUUUCCACUGGACAGCUUGCUCAGAAGUAUUUUGUAUUUAUCGAAAGGGGAGUUGCCAGCGUUGUGUUUAAUUUAAAAUUGAUCCACUCAUGUAACAUACUCAGAGUGACUCUAAAUCAUCUUAUGAGUGACCAUGCUCAGCCUACAGCAAUUGCUCAGCAGGUUGGAGGUCAAAUGCCAGAAGGAAGCAUCUGGACCAGUGUUGGUCUCCGCUCUUCUUUUGAAGUUCGCAAUGGCACAAUGAUAUCCAUUUCCCUUGACUGUGUGCGUGGCAGGAUCAACCACAUUGCUCAUGAACAUGGAACCUGCUUAUCUGUGUUAUGGAUUUCAUCUUAGCUAACACUUGAUAAAACAAAUGGAAGGAACAAGUGAAAGUGAUGGCGGGGGCAUCCACUAAAUCCAA